UUUUCGCCAAAUUUAUUACUCCAAAACUUCAACUCAACCAGGAAGCAUUCGAGAGAGAGAAAGAGAGGGCCGCGGGAAUGGCAAUACUAUACGCGCUGGUGGCGCGUGGGUCUGUGGUGCUGGCGGAGUUCAGCGCUACCUCCACCACCGCGAAUGCGAUCGCGCGUCAAAUUCUCGAGAAAAUCCCCGGGAACAAUGACACUAAUGCUUCCUACUCGCAGGAUCGGUACAUUUUCCACGUCAAACGCACCGAUGGACUCACCGUCCUUUGUAUGGCCGACGACACCGCCGGAAGGAGAAUUCCUUUUGCAUUCCUCGAAGAAAUUCAUCAAAGAUUUGUCAGGACUUAUGGUCGAGCCGUAUUGUCUGCACAAGCAUAUGCAAUGAAUGAUGAAUUCUCGAGGGUUCUUAGCCAGCAGAUGGAGUAUUUCUCAAAUGAUCCAAAUGCUGACAGGAUAAACAGACUUCGAGGUGAAAUGAGCCAGGUACGGAAUGUCAUGAUCGAGAAUAUUGACAAAGUUUUAGAGAGAGGUGAUCGGUUAGAAUUAUUGGUUGAUAAAACUGCUAAUAUGCAAGGGAACACUUUUCGCUUCAGAAAGCAAGCAAGACGUUUUAGAAACACUGUCUGGUGGAGAAAUGUCAAGCUAACGGUUGCAUUGAUAUUGCUUCUCCUGGUCAUAAUUUAUAUUGUUUUGGCUUUCGUCUGCCAUGGGCCUGCACUUCCAUCUUGUCUGAAGUGAGGGUUUGAUCAAGUGAGAUCUGGAUGCCAUUUCCUGGUUCUCUUUUAUCUAUACUUGCAAUUCUUCCAACUCAAAUCUUCCUUAGAUGUGUGGAGAAUGGUGAAAAGUUGAUAUGUCAGUUUUUAUGUCUUUGAUUCCCUGGUUUUGAGAUGUCACUGUGUGUGAAGCUCUAUCCGGGGUUUCAGCUCUGCCUAUUUAUCCUGUGGAUUAAGAAACAAGAUAGUUGCAUAAUCUAAAGUGAAAUUAUUGGCACACUUUGUGAUAAACUUUUCUGGAUAUUUAUUUGUGUAACUAAUGUUAUUGGUGUGUAUUCGUUUUCCUUGAGAACCGUGUGGUCGUUUCCGGUGGUAGAGACAAUGGUGAAAUUAUUGUGUUUUUGAUCAA